AUGCAAUAAGAGGAAAAAGAAACUAAAAAAAAAGCAACUUAAAAAAUUGAGUAUCUAUUUCCUGGUAUGUAUAAUGAUGAAUAUUUGGGAAUUUAUUAAGCUAAAAAGAAUAAGUAUAAGAAGAUAUAAUAUAAAAUUCCAUCAACAGUGAUAGAUGAUUAUGAUAGGAAAAUCUGUAGGUUCGAAGAUAAGUUAACUAAGGUAGCUAUGGAGAGACAAAGUUUGAUAAGGACCCCAAACAAGAAGGAGAUUUUGAAUAAAAUAAUCAACCAAAUCUAGACGCAUUUGUUGUAGAAGGAAAGAGAACUUUUUGAAAAAUCACAUUGUGAUACUCCUGUGGCUUAGCUUGAAAAGAAAAAGUCAUAAUUUUUUUAGGCAAAAUAACAUUUAUAAUUAUUGGAAACUAUGGGAUUUAAACUUGUGGAAUAGGGAACCAAUAGGAUGAAUACAAUUAAUCCCAAGCAAGUACAUUCUUAACCUUGCACUCCCAAAAAAUCACAACCAAGAUCUUAAUCCAUUCAAAAUGUUGAAUCUCAAUUAAAGGAAGAUAACAAAAAUCAAUCAAGUGAAAGAAUCGAAAGAAUUUAAAGCAAGGUAAACUAGCAAAUGGCACGUUUAGGAUUAAAAAGUCUAAACAUAUCUCCUGACUCAAUUCCAACUCAAAGGAAACCACAAAAGCAAAUAAAAAGAACAAAAAGUCAAUCUCCCAUUAAAUCAGAAAUAAGUUAACCUAUACAUUAGAACUUCGAUUCAAUUGCUAAAAAACCUUAAGUUUCUCUAUUUAAGAAAUUUCAAUUGAAAUUGGAUCAAGAAUUAUAAAAGCCCUAGGAUAUUAAAGGAGUGAUUAAUUACUGUAACACUGAAAGAUUGGAUCUAAAGAAUUUGACAAAGGACAUUUAAAAAAAGAAAAGAGUUUAAUUUAGAAAAUUUAGAAUUAUUCAAAAAGAAUUGUCCACAGUGGGAGAACUAGGAUUUGAAGGACUCAAAAAUAAAUAUUUUUAAUGA